CGCGAUUCGUCGUCCUCAGUCGUCGCUGUCGUAUUCAUCUCAUCUCACCUCACCUCUGCACCACACGCACCACUUCCAUCCUCAUCUCUCGUCGAUACCACCACCAAAACGACCACAACAAUAACACAUCGUCCACGACCAAUUCUCUCACAACUCGCGCGUCCGUCUGUAAUGACGACGUACCUCAAGCCUCUGACGGCCACCAGCACGUCUCAAUCCUACUUCACCCCUUCCUCCUCCUCCUCGGACAUGUCCAUGGGCGUCUCCCCAGGCGCGGACUCAACGCACAUGUCCACGUCGAUGUCGUCCUCCUCGGCUUCAUCGACCCGCUCCGCCUCGCCUCCUGGCAGUGUCGUCACCUGUCGAUGGGGUCAGUGUCGCCUGACCUUUGACGACCCGGAGAUCCUCUACCAGCACCUCUGCAACGACCAUGUGGGGAGGAAGAGCACGAACAACCUGUGCCUCACCUGCCAUUGGACCGACUGUGAUGUUACGUGUGCGAAGAGGGACCAUAUCACUUCGCACAUUCGGGUGCAUACACCCUUGAAGCCUCACUCCUGCGGCACCUGUGGUAAGACAUUCAAGAGGCCACAAGACUUGCGCAAGCACGAGCGCAUUCACACCGAGGACCACCAGCAGAAGCAAGCAGAGCAACGCCUUCAGAAGCAGCAGGCCGUAGCUGCGGCAAAGGAAGAGGCAAAGCAGAAUGCUGCCAGGCAACAACAACAACAACAGCAGCAUCAACAGGCAGCCGCUGCGUCUCAGCUUUACCCCGCCCCACCACCUCACCAUCGCCAGAGUGCACCGGGCAACUUUCCUACGGGCGCCAAUGGCCACCCCAUCUUCUUCUCGUCGGACGUAGUCGCAGGGGGAGCAACGCCUUCGCCAUCCGCUGGUGGUGGUGGUGCUGGAGGUCGUGACAAUUCGCAUGCCUCCCUCUCCCCGCUCUCCUCACACUUGUCGACACCCUCCAGCGCCCACUCGCCCAGCAGCAAUGGCGUCUACAUGGCCGGACACCAGUCCCACUCGCAGCCGCAGCCCAUCUAUACAGGGGGUAUGCCGGGCAACUCAUACCUCUCCCUCGCCAAUCAAGGGCGAGCAAAAGCAGAGGAAGACCCAAACUCGUACACUUUCCUUUCGCAGGGAACUUCGGCUUCUGCGCAGGCUGCGGGUAUGAAGCGCGGACUCGACGACUUGUUCUCGGGCGUCAACGGGAUCAUGGAGGAUGCCAAGCGUAAGAGGACUACGGGCUACGACGAUGUCAUGGCUGAUAGGCUUACGGCCGCCUUUGGUGCCGGGUUCGAUGAUGCGACGCUCAAUGCACUUUUCAACCCGUCGGCUACCAACAACCACAACAAUAGCUUGGGCUCGCUCUCCGCUUCGAUGCCCGUGCAGCAGCAGCAGCAGCAGCAGCAGCACAUGAUGGCCCAGCCUCAGCACCUGCAUGCGCAAUCACGCCAAGCGCAGGGCAGUGUCCCGCAGCAGCAGUACCACCAAGGCUUCUCCUCGUCCCUUCCCAAUGACGCCAGCAAGCUAGCGGAGAUCAAUUCUUUCCUCCUUCAAUUGGGCAACAAUGCCGCCCGCGACCUCUCGAUGCAGCCCAUGCACUCCGCCUCCUCCUCUUCUUCGUCGACGUCGACGCCCUCGAGCGACCUGGCGAAUAGCUUCGACGCCUCGUCCCUCGCCGCCAUGGGGUUGACCAAUAUCCCGGGCUUCGACGAGAGCAUCUUCAACUUCGACGCCGCACCCGUGCGCCCCAUCGCCAACAUGCCUCGCCAGUCCGCACCUGCUGCUCUCUCCGCUUUCAGCUCGACGAUGCCUACUCAGCAUCACCUCGCGCAGCCGCAGCACCAUGGCCACGCACCCAUGUACCCAGGGUACGCGCAUCAGCCUCAGAUGCAGGCGAUGCACCACCACCACCAGCAGUACCCCCAUCCCCAUCACCAGCAGCAGGGGCAGCCCAGCUUCUCCUUCGACUCGCUUCGCACCACACGCGGACCGGGGAGCAUGCCCACCUUGGCCCGUCAGGAUAACACGGCCAACUUUAGGCACGUCGAGCCACUCAUGCGCGCAAAGCCCUCGUCCUCGUCCGCGGUCGACGCUACGAUGCGCGACGCAACGGCGACUGAGGAGGCCUCUGUUGGCAGUGGAAGUGCACCAAUUAAGGCAUCUGGCCUCUACCCCAGUCUGACCAACCUGGUCAAUGCCACGGGAGAGUCGUCGUCCCGCCCCUCCAGCAUUACCACACAGCGUCUUCCCUCGAUCUCGACCAUCCUCAAUCCGAACUUGAGCGCAGAGACGGACCUGACGCACCGUCCCCUUCAGCACUGGCGCCAGUCCUCGACCGACACCGAGUCAGAGGGCCUAAGCGCCGCUUCACCCGUCGCGUCCGAAGCGUCCGCCUCCAGCUCUACGCCCCCGGCUUCAAGGUCCCGCUCUUCCUCGCCCAGGCGGGCUGGUCAAGAGGAGGGGAACGAGAUUGAGGCGUCGGAACGGAUCUCACGCCUCGGUCUUACGGCCAGCAACACCGGCGAGUCCAACAGUCCCGGCGCUGGGCUGCGCGGACUUGCCGAAGCGGCCGCAGCUGCUGCUGCGCAUGCUCAGUCUAGCAGCAAUGGAAAUGUGUCACUGGAGACGAGAAGGAGGCACGUCCAGCUCAUCAAAACCUUGCUCGUCGCCAUCAAUUUCCCUGAGAGGGUCGAGGCGCUUCUUUCUCGUCAGGGUGGGGGGAUUGAGCAGGAGCAGCAGGAGAGGGAGGUGAAAACUGCCGCACUUCCUCCGGUCAAGCAAGAGGCUGGUGUCGAUGAUGAUGAGGAGAUCGACGAGUUGAUGGAGACGGAAAUGGAGAUGGAGAUGGAGGGGCAGGUCACACCCCGAGCCGUCUCGCCCACCUCAGGGUCAGGAUCAGGGUCAGACGAGCCAGUCGAGGCUGGCAGUGCACGAGGCGAUUGGCUCCGUACCGUUACUGGCUCCGAGUCUGCCUCGCCCAUCGGAGCUUCGUCCCGCCCACCCGUAGCCGCGAUGAGGAUGGGGGAGGCGGAGGUUUAG